UGACAAAGCUUUCAGCCGGCCGGGAUGACCCAUUCGGCUCUGCCUCUACCUUCGUUGCUGGGGAUUCUACGGGCUGUUUCUGCCUAAGAGUGACGACCAAGAAGAAUAGGAGCGCAGAGCCCUUGACCCGCCAUCUUGGCUUCAACUGCAGAAGGGAGGACCGGAUCUGGCUACCACCGUCCAGACUCCAGAGAGUGGCUGUUCGUCCAGGACCGUCGCCAAACAAAGAGGAGUGGGCUGCAGCGGCAACAAUGGCCGGUGACUCAUGGUGGUCGGCGAGAUCCGUGGACCGUGGCAGUGGUGGUCAGCUGGUGGCAACAAUGUUCUGGUCUGGGACGCAGUGGGGCGACGGUUGCUCCGGUUUGGGAACAUCCCAGAUCCCUGCGAUUCUAGACUUUUUUCUUCCAUUCUUUUAGUUCCAUAACGGUUUCUUGGUUGAAUUUUUGGUUAAUUGGGAGGGAUCACACUUGAGUGUGUUCAAAUCUCUCAAUGAGAACGCCAUUUCAGAGCAUCUCUAAUGCUAUAAUGUGCACGGUGCACAUGUGCCAUGAAUGAUAGCCACAUAAAUAUUAGCAAAUAAAUUAACUCUCUCCUUAUUUGAAUGAUUUUAUACAAUUUUAGUAAGUUUUUCCCUGCAAUGUCAACAACAAUGUCAACAUCUAGACGAUCUCCUUGACAUUGUAGAGAAAACCUUACCAAAACUGUAUAAAAUCAUUCAAAUAAGGAGAGAAAGAAUUUGUUUACUAAUAUUUAUGUGGCUAUUUCUCAUGCCACGUGUACACCGUGCACAUUUUACCAUUGGAGAUGCUCUCAUGGAUAAUAGUUAUCCAUGUUGUAUAAUUUAUGAGAGAUGAACAAAGAAUAGAGAAGAAGGUAAUUUGUAUAAUGGAUAAAUGUUUGAUUAGGGUUUGCAAGUUUCCAAUAAGGAAUAUAUAUAGAAAUAGCG